UGCUUCGAGAGCAUUUGAGUGCGCCUCGAGAUCGGUCCGUCCCCGUGCGUUUUCUUACGAGUCGUCGCGGUCCCGGUUUUCAUGACCGCUCGCGAUCCAGACGGCCCCAAGUGUUCUCCCCGGUUCUGUGAUAAAUGCAUCUUCCAGCGGGCGCCGUGAAUGAAGUCAGCUUUCAAAAUCAGUGACGUUCGACGGUGGAGCCAUGCCACGGUCACCGCAUAUGAAUGCGAGUUUCCUUGCGUUCAUGACGUGGCUGGCCGUUUUUAGCACUGAAGCGGAGGAUCGACAAGAAACGGAUGACUCCGGUCUUUCCAGAUGGAGGUAUGAUCAAAGAAACGAGAAAAUUCCUCCAUACCCACCUUAUUAUGACCAGAGGAACCAAUAUAUACCAUACUAUGAUACAAGACAGGAUUUUGGAAUAACGAAGAAAGCAGAUAACAGGGAAACCAGCUCUAAUAAUUACAACAUUUUCUCACAAACUGGAGCCUCUGCAAACUGUAUUCCUAAAUGUUUCGCAGAAAAGGGUAGCAAAGGACCACCAGGACAGCCAGGACCACCAGGACCUGUCGGUUUGGUAGGAUACCCUGGUCAAGAGGGUUUACCAGGGCCCGAAGGUGAAAAAGGAGACACAGGCCCAAUGGGGCCCCUUGGACCAAAAGGAGAUCGGGGUAAAAUGGGUCUUCCAGGAUUUCCAGGAAUAAACGGCAUACCUGGUCAGCCUGGACCAACUGGAUUUCCAGGAAUUCCAGGAUUAGAUGGAUGCAAUGGGACGGACGGGGCACCUGGAUUGCCAGGACAACCUGGCCAACCUGGUCCUCGCGGAUAUCCUGGUUUGGGCGGAGUGAAGGGAGAGAAAGGAGAGCCAGCGAUUCCCGGUCUUUAUGACAAAGGACAAAAAGGAGAACCUGGAUUGGAUGGAGUUCAGGGUCCGCCAGGCACUCCCGGUAUUGACGGACCUCAGGGACCAACAGGCCCCAAAGGAGAUCAAGGAAUAUCAGGAUCUAGAGGUUUGAUUGGUUUGAAAGGGGAAAAAGGAAAUAUGGGCGUAGGAUACGAUGGUCCAAAAGGAGAGAAAGGGAAGAAAGGAGAGCCUGGCCCUGCGGGCCUGCCAGGGAGGUAUGGGUCGCAGCUUUCACCAAAAGGAACUGAUAUCGGGCCAGUGGGAGAUCCAGGUGAAAAAGGAGAUGCGGGCGAAUUUGGACAUCCCGGACAAAAGGGUGAGCCAGGACCAAUGGGAGACCCCGGGUACCCUGGUGAACCAGGAGCUAAAGGAGAAAAAGGCUUGGUUGGGCCACCUGGAUUAAGAGGUAGAGAUGGUUUCCCAGGCCCACCGGGCCCAUUUGGCCAAAAAGGGGAUAGAGGUAUGGAUGGCUUGACUGGAUUGCCUGGACGACCGGGUAUGAAAGGAGAACCUGGACGUGACGGACCACCUGGGCGACAAGGACUCAGAGGACCUGCUGGUCCUCCCGGGGGUGGAAAUGGAAGACCAGGCCCUCCUGGUCCUGCGGGACCUCGUGGAUAUCCAGGAGUUUCCGGCCCGAAAGGCUUAGAUGGGACGGACGGGCCUAUAGGACCCAGAGGUCCAAUAGGUCCACCUGGUGGCCCAGGUACUCCCGGCGCUCCGGGACCUGAAGGUUUUCCUGGUGAAAAGGGCUCUAAAGGUGAACCUGGACUACCGGGUUUCCCUGGAGGUGCUGGUCCACGUGGGCAACCUGGAUUACCGGGAGUGCAAGGUCCACGAGGUUACCCCGGAGAAAAAGGAAUUUCAAUUGUUGGUAUGAAAGGAACUGAUGGUUCACCCGGGAGGGACGGAGAGAAGGGUGACAAAGGAGAGCGAGGAUAUCCCGGAGAACAGGGUAUACCUGGAGAUUCGCAGAUGGGUAUUCCCGGCCCACCUGGUGCAAUGGGACCUCCUGGAGAAAAGGGCUUGGAUGGACGGCCCGGCUAUCCCGGUAUUCCGGGUAGAGAUGGGCAAAAAGGAGACCGUGGUGGAAGUUGCAUAGGCUGCAGACCUGGAGAAAGAGGAGAAAAGGGUGACCGCGGUCGGGAUGGUGCCGCUGGUUUACCCGGGACUCCAGGAAAUCCUGGUGAGCGGGGUUACCCCGGAGAAGUGGGAGCUGAUGGACUUCCAGGACCGCCUGGAAUAUCCGGAUUGCCCGGCCAAGAUGGAAGAUUUGGAGUGCCGGGACCACCUGGACCAAAAGGAGAGGCAGCGACUAUUCCAGAUAACCUUAUUAAGUGUCCCCCAGGUGACCGUGGCCUCCCGGGAGAGCCAGGACCUGUAGGGCCAGUUGGACUGCCUGGUCCCAGUGGAUUGCCGGGAAGACCUGGCCCCCCAGGAUUCCCAGGAAAUCCUGGAGAAAAGGGUGACAAAGGAUUUCCCGGAAACGAUGGAACUCCAGGUCUACCGGGCCUAUCUGGUCUGAAAGGAGAAAGUGGCAUCAGUGUCAAAGGAGAUAAGGGUCUAAGCGGACUGCACGGUCAAAAAGGAGAGAAAGGAGAACCUGGUCGCUAUGGUCUGAAAGGAGAGCCCGGUCAAUGUGCCCCUUUGGAGCAAAUUCUAGGAGCUAAAGGCGAGCGUGGUGCUCAAGGAGAAAAAGGAGAGCCAGGACCACCUGGAAGAGAUGGACUCCCAGGUGAUAAGGGAUCUGAAGGAUUGCGAGGGGAAACUGGACCAGUUGGACCACGAGGUCAGCCAGGUCCUGUUGGACCAAGAGGACUACCAGGUCCUCGUGGCGAUAAGGGUGAUACGGGUGCAAUGGGAUUCCCUGGUGAACCUGGGUUAGAUGGACGGCCAGGAGCUCAGGGACUACUUGGAUACAAGGGAAUCAAAGGAGAGGCAGGAAUACCUAUGGUUGGCCCAGUUGGACCUAUAGGAUAUCCAGGAGAAAAAGGAGAGAAAGGUUUGCCUGGGCCUGUCGGAAAAUAUGGAUUAACAGGAGAGCCAGGUCUACCUGGUUCACCCGGUGAAAAAGGUGAUCAAGGAAGUCCAGGAUUAAAUGGUCUUCCAGGAGCACCAGGUCAGAAAGGAGAGCCUGGACCUAUUGGACCAGCGGGGCUACCUGGCAUUAAUGGAGCGCCCGGCUUUGAUGGACCUAAGGGAGAAAUGGGAUUGAUAGGCGAACCUGGGCGUCCAGGAGUACCUGGUUUCCCUGGUGAAAAAGGAGAAAUUGGAUUGCCUGGCUUAGAUGGAUACAAAGGUCUUCCUGGACCAAGAGGCCCGCCAGGUAUACCUGGUCCUCCUGGUUUGGAUGGACUGAGCGGGCCGAAGGGAGAACGUGGGGAAAAAGGACUAUUAGGUUUACCCGGCUCACCAGGAGAACCAGGACUUCCAGGACUUCCUGGACCAACAGGACCCAAGGGGGAAAUUGGUUUUCCAGGCGCACCUGGAAUUCCAGGGUUACCUGGUCCAUUGGGUCCAAAAGGAGAUCGCGGCCCCACUGGUCCUCAGGGUUUUAAAGGAGAGCCUGGUCCAGUAUCGCAAAAAGGUCAGAAAGGAGAACCUGGAGUUGGAGGUUUACGAGGUCCAGUUGGUUCGCCAGGUUUUGACGGGAGACCAGGUCUCAAAGGUGAGCCUGGAAGGCCAGGCUACGGUAGACCUGGAAUACCCGGUGAGAAAGGAGAUGCUGGAAUUCCCGGACGACCAGGUCUGGAUGGUUCACCUGGCGUUAAAGGAGAUUCGGGCAUCCCUGGACCGCCUGGUCAGAAAGGAGAGCCUGGUUUUCGAGGUAUUCCUGGAGCAAUUGGCCCUCCUGGAAUCGAUGGGUUGCCUGGUAAAGAUGGAGAACCUGGUUUUGCGGGACCUGUCGGCAUGCCUGGAGAGAAAGGUGAUAAAGGAUUAGUUGGGUUACCCGGUCUUGAUGGCUCAAAAGGAGAAUUAGGUUUAACUGGUUUGCCGGGGCCGAGUGGGUUACCUGGAUUGCAAGGCGAAAAGGGAGAUCGAGGAGCACCUGGUAUUCCAAUCAGCGUUAAAGGUGACAAAGGAGAACCGGGGGCCCCAGGACUAUCUGGUCUGCCUGGCGAGCCUGGACCUAAAGGAUUUGAUGGCAUAACAGGGCUUCAAGGAAUCAAGGGGGACAUAGGUUUUCCUGGUCCUAAAGGCAGCACAGGGCCUUAUGGAUUCCCAGGACCAAAAGGUGAAAAUGGUCCACCUGGGUCUCCUGGUUUGCCUGGUUUGACAGUCAAAGGUGAGAAAGGUCUCCCCGGCCUAAUUGGAAAACAUGGACGCGAAGGAAUAUCCGGAAUUCCAGGAGAAAAAGGUGACCCUGGUUUCCCAGGUCUUCCAGGCAUGCCUGGACUGCAAGGCCUGCCAGGUCUACGAGGGUUACCUGGAGAUACUGGUGAACCAGGACCUCCUGGUUUACCGGGUAAGGAUGGUUCGGAUGGUCAACCAGGAAUACCUGGACUUGAUGGACUACAGGGGCCGGUCGGACAAAAAGGAGAGCCAGGUCUUCCAGCACCUUAUGGAGCACCAGGAGAAAAAGGAGAUAUCGGACCACCUGGUCAGCCUGGUUUUCCCGGGCCACCAGGUACUAAGGGAGAUCGUGGAUUCCCUGGAACACCAGGUCUCCCAGGCUUAGAUGGCCCAGUAGGAGAUAAAGGACUUGCAGGAGUGCCAGGAACUCCGGGUCUACCUGGAUUUGCCGGAUCCAAAGGAGACAAAGGAGAACCAGGUCUAAUUCCACCGCCUGGACCUCAAGGAGAAAAAGGCGAUAGAGGUUAUCCCGGCCCACCCGGAUUACCUGGAGUUCCUGGAAGCAAUGGAAUCCCUGGCUUGCCUGGUGCAAAGGGUAUUCGAGGUUUGCCCGGUACUGAAGGUCUACCAGGUCCAAGUGGACCACCUGGUCCUAAAGGAGACCCUGGCAGAGAUGGUUUGCCUGGAUUGCAGGGACAACCUGGUCCUCCAGGACCAAGGGGUGUUGAUGGUGCUCCUUGUGCACAAGAUGAGAAUUAUGAGACUGGUAUAUUACUAGUCAAACAUUCUCAAAGCACUGUUGUACCAGGCUGUGAGCCAGGACACACCAAACUAUGGGAUGGUUACUCUCUUCUAUAUAUUGAAGGGAACGAAAAGUCCCAUAAUCAAGAUUUAGGUUUUGCUGGAUCAUGUGUUCGUAAAUUCUCUACCAUGCCUUUCUUAUUCUGUGAUUUCAAUAAUGUAUGUAACUAUGCUAGUCGCAAUGAUAAAUCUUAUUGGUUAAGUACAAAUGAACCUAUGCCAAUGACACCCGUAGAGGAAAUUGCUAUUCAAAAAUACAUCUCUCGGUGCGUUGUUUGUGAAGCUCCUGCCAAUGUAAUCGCAGUUCAUAGUCAAGCUUUAUCCAUUCCUAAUUGUCCUGCUGGAUGGGACAGUUUAUGGAUUGGUUUCAGCUUCGUUAUGCACACAGCUGCUGGUGCUGAAGGAGGCGGCCAAUCACUAGCUAGUCCAGGAUCUUGUCUGGAAGACUUCCGAGCCACUCCUUUCAUUGAGUGCAAUGGUGAGCGAGGAACGUGUUACUACUUCGCCAACAAACUCAGUUUCUGGUUGGCAACGAUAGAACCCAGUGAACAGUUCGUUAGACCCUCACAACAAACUUUGAAGAGUGGAGAAUUGAGGACGAGAAUCGGCCGUUGCCAAGUCUGUAUAAGGAGGACAUAACCUCAGUGAGUCAAAGUUACUUUUAUCUUCAGUAAGUACUUAAGAAUAAAAUACCAUCAUCUUGAGAGGCACAAUAAGAUCUUCAAUUAUCAUCACGAUUGAGUUGCCGGAUUGUGAUAUGGUCCGUCCUUGUUUCCUCGCUUGGAAUUCACGUGUAAUAAAAAACAAAUUUCCGAGCAAAGAAAACGGCAACGGGCUGUAGAACAAUCCGGCGACACAAUCGUGAUGGUCAUCGAAGACCUUUUUAUAACACCUGACGAUAAUUUUAUCAUUAGCAUGAUGCUGAAUUUUUACUUGAAAUGUGUCAGGCGCGUCUUCUAUUUUGAUGCAUUAACACAAAACGGGGCUUCUUAAAUUAAGUAUCCCCCAGAUUUCUCUCGAACACGUGAAAUUUUAUGGUAAUAUGUGCAUUUACAUAUGGGUUCAAGUCAUGGUCAGAUCACAUCUGUAUUUGUAUUUUCGCAGCGAUUUCUCAUCCUAUGCUGACUAUUGCUUACUCAAGGAGAGGUCAUUCUAAGUAUGUUUUCAUGUUUUACCAUUUGUACCUUUGUUUUGUAAAUAAUACCUCUUAAGUAUUUUUAUGAUGAUUACUUAGCUUCAUUAAUUAUUAUUUCCUCUCUCAAAAUUGUCAACAUACAUGAAAUUGUUUUCAAAUUUCUGCACUAUUCUAGUAGUUUAUUUAAACUGCAAUUUUUGUCAUAUAUGUACCUAAACAGUGAUUUAGAUUUAUUAUGUAAAUAUUUAAACGAACAACUUCAACCUGUGACUUCAGUGCCAUCUUUUAAUAUCAUAUCACAACUUGCAAAAAGCCCUCUUGUAUUUCAAUCCUAUUCCCCUCGCGUGCCAUUCUAACAAAAUUUAUUCGUAAGAUUUCGUCAAGAACUCCGCUGCAGGCACAUUACUUCUUAUCCUAGAUGAAAUUCGUUGUAUUCUUUUUUUUUUUUUUUUUUUGACAAAAGAAAUUGCGCUCUGACUUUUUUGUCUCUUUUAUUAUCACCAUUCUUAAACUUAGCCAUUCAAAAACCACAACUUUGAAAAUGUAUUUUUGUAAACCUUUUUUGAAAUCAUUUUUUUCCGAGAAGUUGUUGGGCGGAACUUUUUAUUAUAAUUAUUAUUUUAUUUUUUAUUUUUUUUUAUUUCAAAACAUUCAUUUCUUCACAUUUUCUUAAACUUGUGUCGGAGUGAGAAUUUUCUGCCAGACUUGUCACGGUUUAAUUGGAUUUUUCAGUUAAAAUUACAGUCUAAACCCACCUCUAUUGCAGUAGCAUCUUUAGAGAGACAACCUUAAUGCUUUUGAAUGGGCCAUAAUUCUGCAGGUCGUUCUAGGAAUCCCGCACUACCCCAUUGAACGGAAGUCGAUGGGACCCGUACUAACUCUAAAUUGAUGACAGAUGACAUUAUUCCGUUCGGCGUGGAACCGAGGCAUUUUAAAUUUGCAGAAAAGUUGCGCCCUUUGAUCUGCGUAAUUCUUAGUCUUUGAGUUAAUUUAUCACAUUUUUAGUGCGCGCAUUGUGUUCUAAGCGUCAUUUGCUUGUAACAAGAUGUAUUCGAAAGUCAAAAUUCGCUCAUGAACUAGUUAGCCAUCGAAACUCUCUGUCUAUCUUGGUCGGCCGACAAAAAUUUUGCAAAUUGAAAUUUUUUCGAGCCACCGUUCUCGAUUCAUGAUAGUAAGCUACCCUUAUGGUUUCGCUAAAAUUAUUUAUUUUUUUAUUCCCUUCCCUAUGAUUCAUGUAACUCCCAAUGAAGGUCUGGAAAAAAAUCCUUUUGACAUUUUAGCAGCCCCCCUGAAUUAAAUUUUCAUUUUCAACGACCUCCCUCAUUGGGAGAAGACUAAAAAAACCUUUAUAGCGUGACCCAGAGGUUGUUCAUUUUCACCAAUCCGAAAUGGUAGCCCGAUAAAGUUCAACUUUCCAAAAACUAGGAUGGCCGGUUAUAAUAUAUUGAGACUGUGAUUUGGAACGAAAUUCCGCACUCUGCUUGCUGCUUUUAAUGAUGUAGCACAAAAGGAGGGAUCCCAUUUGGAUAAAAAAAAGUAGGGAUUCGUGGCCCCCGGAGUACGUAUGAACGUCUCAAAAUUUUGAGAGGUCUUAAAGGUAGUUUCUUUGAACCUUUGCUCAUUCUCAAAAUGUUGAAAGAUCUCAAAGUUACUUUGAACCUUUGUUCAAUCCCAAAAUUGAAACUUUUUAUCACUGUAUCUUCAAAAGUUACAGGAAAGAUGCGAAACUUUUGGAUCCCCCUCAAUGUUGACUCUGAUUUCUUUCAAAUUUAAUCUUUUCACGGUUAAAAAAAAAAAAAAAAAAAAAAAAUGCCCAAAAAGGAACUAGAUUUCGAAGUCUAAAAAUAUAAUCACUUCAGAAGAAUUUGCCCUUCCAACCGCUACAAUUCCCCUGUUAAUGAUAUCAGUAGUCACCGAAGAAACGAAUAGGAGAAUUCAACUUCCAAAGAACUUCUGUACCUGAUGAUUUUUAGAGUUGUUCACAAAACAAUGCAAAUCUUGGAGAAUCAGUUUGUCAAAUAGAUAUCCAUAUACUCGUAACGAUUAAAAGCUGGAGGUAUAAGCAUUCUAGCGGUAAAUUCAAAAUUACUUCUCUUCUGUCAUCCUAGAGCAAGAAAGAUAUGAAAAAUACUUUCCAGACGAUUCUCAUCUCUUGCGCUUUAAUUAAUAAUUUUACAACUAUUAAUUGUUUAUUACUACCAUACAUUGGCAGAACAGCAGCAAUUACUCUGUAACUCACUCCUCAUCUCAUUCUCCAAUUCUCAUAACCUCUAUACUUAUUGAUUACUAACUCAACGAAAAUCUCGAUUGAAAGAUUAAUGUUAAAACAACUUAAAUCAUAGGACUACAUGGAAUUUGCAGUAUCGUAGUAAAAUUUAUAAUAGUUUUUUCUACACUAUUAUUUUUAUAUACUUUUACCAUGAUUAGAAAAAUUAUAUUACAACCAUACGACUUGGUUAUUUUAUUAAUUUAUUUGUUAUCAGUGAGAUUUAUAUAAAUACUUAUGUAUAUUUUUAUUUAUUUUUAACAAUAAACUGCCACUGUUUUAACUGCCAGUAAAUUUAUCACACAGUAAAAGAGUUCAUCUAAUGUUAUCAGGAAGGUGAUCAAAGUUCCCUUUUACUAGUACAUUUGUAUUUCAAGAAGUUUGGCACUUACAUUAAAAAAAUUAAAAGAACAAAAACAAAAACCUUUGUUGUAGCCAUUGGGAGGCACCCCUUGGUAUUUGUGAGAAGUAUUGCCUCAAAGGUAAUUGAAAUUUGCAACUUUUUCUUGAGUGUUUUGAAAUGAUAUUUAAGAUGUUUCAUUAGUUGUUAUUUACUUGAGAGAAGGUGCUUUUCAUAUUUUUCCCACGUUCGUAAUUAUUCAAAAAAGUAUUAUUUCAAUACUUUCCCUUUUUACUGAGGAUUUUAAUUACCAAAAAUCUGCUAUAGUGUAUUAAAGCUAUAGUUCAACCAAAGUGCAUUCUGAGAAACUUUUUUAGUGGCUCGAUAUUUCACCAGCUACAUUUUACUACUAUAAGAUUACUUUCAUAAUUUAUUGUUAGAAUGUAAAUAUAGAUGUUUUAUGUUUAAGUGUUUUAUAUGGCAUUACAGCUUUUCUUAAUUUGUUGAAAGA